CCGGUAUCAAAUCGCUUUAAGACUAGGUGUCUGGUCCUGAGAUCCUGAAGAAAGGAAAAGAAACUCCCAAAGUCUCUCAUAAUGGCGGACAACGGGCACCCCAAGGAAGAAAGCGAGACUAUGUAUGUCGAGGCUGCUGGCAACGCGCUCUCGGGGACCGUUGAUGAAUCUGCCAAAUUGGAGACCGAGGAGGGCCCUGUUUUGGUACCUCAGCCAACGCAAGACCCCAAUGACCCCUUGAAUUGGACGACUUCUGAGAAAUACUUGACCUGUCUGACCGUGUGCUUCUUCACCGUUCUUUCGACCUUCAACUCCAGCAACCUUGUCGUCGCCGUGGUCCUGCUGGCCGCCGAGUUUAACCAGUCGCCGACACGGACCGGAUAUGUCAUCUGCUUCAACCUGCUCUUCAUGGGAGUCGGGAAUCUGUUGUGGGUCCCGCUCUCGAGAGUCAUCGGGAAGCGGCCCGUCUACCUCGUCGCCUUGCUCCUCUUCACGGGAUGCAACGUGUGGACAUUCGAGUCGCAGAGCUACGAGAGCCUCCUCGCCUCACGUAUCGUCUCCGGCCUUGCUGCCUCUGCGGCCGAUGCGACGGUCCCGUCAUUGAUCGCCGAUCUCUUCUUCGUCCACGAGCGAGGCCACUGCAUGAUGGUAUUUCACUUUGCGCUCAGCACCGGGUUCUUCAUCGGUCCCCUCAUCUGUGCAUACAUCACCCAGGAAGUCGGCUGGCGCUGGACCUCGGGACUGUUGGCCAUUGCCGGCGGCGCGACGUUCCUCGUCAGUAUCUUCACCGUCCGCGAAUCGAACUAUCGCCGGGACAUCGCCGACGUCGAGCUGCCGGCCUCGGCAUACCCACCGAAGAGGACGUUGCUGUCUUGGAUGUCCCUCACCCGCGGAUACAGGCCGGACGUUUCGUUCUUCAAGGGAGUCUGGGCCACCGUCUGCCUUGCCGUGUAUCCGCCCAUCGUCUGGACUGGUCUUUUGGUUGGCACGUUCGUCGGAUGGAACAUCGUAACCCAAAUGACCGCCAGCCGGGUCUUCAUGAAGCCGCCAUUCGGGUGGAAGGUUGGGAGUCUCGGCUUGCUUGCCCUCUCAGGUUUCAUCGGCGCCAUCAUUGCCUUCUUCCUCGGUGGCCGGCUCGUCGACCUUAUCUCCGCCCGCAUGACAAAGGCAAACCGUGGCAUCCGGGAGCCCGAGUUUAGGCUACCCGCUAUCAUCCUGCCAGCCAUAAUCGGUCCCAUGGGUGUUUUGACCUUCGGCAUCUGCGCUGGGCGCCGCCUUACUUGGGUUGGUGCCGCCUUUGGCUACGGGAUGCAGGCGUUUGGUUUGACUGCUGUCUCUAACGUCGUGGUUACAUAUGCCGUGGACAGCUACCACCAGUUUGCUGGUGAGGCUCUUGUCAUUGUCUUUGUUAUCCGGAACACUAUCGCCAUGUUUCUGGCUCUAUACACCGUGAACUGGCAAGAAGCAACUGGUAUCGAAAAUACUUUCGGCCAGAUGGUUGCCACGCAGUAUUUCUUCCUCCUCUUUGCCAUCGUCAUGUUCUUUUACGGGAAGAGAAUCCGAGCUUGGACUUGUAGCUUUGGGCCAAUGGCGAAGCCCAUGACCUAG